GAUAGGCUUAUGCUGGAGUGAGAGUGUUGAAUAAAGUUGCCUUUGUACCUCGUCUUACUACAGGGAAGUUAAGUGAAGGACAAACUGCUAAAAUGACAGGCAGCAUAGGCGACAGUUCAGGCAGGGUCCUGACCCUCGAUGAUCUCAUUGAGGCGAUGGAUAAGCGGGAGAGAAUGCUGAGGAGUGUCCCCAAAGUCGACACCUUCCACUUCAAUGGGGAACGAGUCUCUGAAUGGCUGGACCUAGUGGAGCAAGCCUUGGUGGGAGUACCAGAAGAGACGAAAUUCAAACGCAUCCUGGAGUAUGUGCUCCAUAAGCACCAUCCGGAAGUGCAGAAGGUGGUCGACGACGCUAACGGCGACUGGGCUAAAUUUAAGGAAGGAAUGCAACGGAAGUAUAGGUUGGGGGAUGGCUUGCUGACUAUGGCGGACCUAGAGGCAAUGAAUAGGGACAACUUCACAUCCAUUGGGGCGUUCCUGCAAGAAUUCAAAAAGAAGGCGAGAAAGGUACAUGGGAUAUCAGAGGAGGCGCAGUGCUCCGUCUUCCUGGGACUGCUCACCGCAUCUGAGACAGUUGAGCUAACAAGCCAUGGGGGAGGAAAUGCCAAACUCACCUGGGCCACCAUUGACAGAGGAGUGGAGGUCGGAGGCCUCGACCAAGUUGAGCAGCACCAGGUGAGGUUGCAAAGGUAGAAGAGGAAGGAAAGGGAUGCGCCUGGGACGCCAGGAGUAAAGAAGAUCAUAACCG